AUGAGGUUUCUGGCCAUUUCUUCUGCAGUUCUUGGCUUCCUCGGCGGGGUUUUGGUGGAAGCCGCCCGGCCCUUGGAGAAUCUAGGCAGAGGCAUUGUGGCAGUCCGCUCAAGCGAACAGGACAUCUUGGUCUCUUGGCGACUGCUAGGACUCGACCCCAAAGGGAUAGGCUUCAACAUCUAUCGCGAUACCGGUAGCAGUCCCACAAAACUCAACACAGAAGUUCUUACUGGCGGCACCAACUUCCUCGACUCCACUGCAGACCUAAACGAGGUCAACACCUACUUUGUGCGGCCUGUUGUUGACGGAAACGAGCAAGACGCCAGCAGCUCGUUCAGUCUACCUGCAAGUACUCCCAUCGAACCCAUUGUGCGCGUUCCUAUUCGUAGCGGAGGACCCGUUAAGUUCAUAUGGGUUGGUGACCUCGACGGCGACGGCGAGUGGGAUUAUGUUCUUGAUCGUCAAACAUCCCCACAGUCCCUUGAGGCAUACACCAGCAACGGAACAUUUCUAUGGGAAGUCAACCUUGGACCCAACAGCGAGAAUCAGAACAACAUUGAACCUGGUUCUUCGGCAAUUGACGUCGGCCACUGGGAUGGUGUCACCGUCUUUGACUUUGACAGCGAUGGCCGUGCCGAGGUUGCCGUCAGAAUUGCGAACGGUGUUGUAUUCGGAGAUGGCGUCACGUUCAAUGAGGGUGAAACCAAUGAGCACCAGUAUCUAGCCAUUUUGGAUGGUCGAACUGGAGCUCUUCGCGCUAGUAGCCAAGUGCCUACAGAUUACAUCGAGGAUGGGCCGUUAGCCGCCCGCCUUGGCGCCGGGUUCCUCGACGGAGAAACGCCGCAUCUCGUCGCUUAUAUGAAGAACCGCAUCGGAUCUGGGGACUUCAACUUAAUGUUCACCGCCUGGACCUUUGAUGGCAACGCUCUCAAGCAGGAGUGGAAAUGGACUCGCGGCAACGGAAAUUACCCUGAUGGCCACAACACCCGCAUCAUUGAUGUGAAUGGCGACGGAAAAGACGAGGUUCUCGAAAUCGGCUUCGUACUCAAUGGAGAUGGAACACCACGCUACUCUCUCGGAGAUCAAGGUGUUGUCCAUGGCGACCGAUUCCAUGUGGCCAAGAUAGACCCUACACGUAAUGGUCUUCAAGGUUUUGGGGUUCAGCAGAGAAACCCAGAAUUCCUAUAUGAGUACUACUACGACGCCGACACAGGAAACAUUCUCUGGAAGCACUACGGCGAAAGUGAGAGUGAUAUUGGGCGAGGUAUGGUUGGCGAUAUCGAUCCCACCCACGAAGGCAUGGAAGUGUGGUCAUUCUCGGGUGUUUACAACGGCAAAGAAGACGAACUCACGGAGCCGGACACCGGGCUCGCACCUUGGCCCCAUCUAGGUCUUUGGUGGGACGGCGACGAGCUUCUUGAGCUUUUCAACGACGGCAAAUUUGAGAAAUGGGAUUGGGAGAACCCGAGUGCUUCGAACAGUCUGCCACGAAUUCUAAGAGUUAGUGACUUUGGUGGCGUACUAGCUGGCAGAAAUCCCCAGUUCCUUGGCGACAUCCUAGGAGACUGGAGAGAGGAGGUCAUUGUCACAAACGAGAGUGCGGACGAGUUGCUCAUCUUUACGACCGACAAGCCGAGUGACAUCCGCCUGUACACUCUGGCUCACAACCCUGCUUAUCGGAACUCGAUGACGCUUAAGGGAUACGUGCAGUCUCAUCACGUUGACUACUUCCUUGGCAAGGGCAUGGAGACGCCACCUCAGCCGAACAUCCGGUACGCGGGGGUUUAG